AUGCCCGUAGCAGCCGGUUUUGGUGCCUUGCAACAACAAAUAAAUGCGAAUCACUUACAAGUGAUGGCUCUUCUUGGACAGAUGCAAGUCCAGAUUGGACAGAUGCAAGUCCAGAUUGGACAGGUGCAAGGUCAGAUUGCACAGAUACAGGACGAGCAACAGCUCUUACCGAUGAGGCUGUAUAAUGCCUCCACCUCUGAUACUGCACCGCUUCGCUACCCGGCCGGGUUGCCUCAAGGCCAUCCACUUCCGCACACUCGUCGGGAUCUUUUCGAGCUGACUGGCAACCAAUGCCAGGCUGUUUGUGCUCUGCUCGGGCUCCCAGCAUUGCCGCCCGGUGCCAUUGUUACGCAACCUGGUAGGGGUUUUUCUUGUUUAGCGGUGCGCCGCUAUCGUGAACGCAAGCGUUCCCAGCAGAUUAAGACCUCUGCGAAGCAAGAGGUUUCGCGGCGGUCGAAUCCAGAACGUUCCGAAUGCAGGGAUCUGGUCCGGAACGGCACGUGCCAAAAUGUUCCGGAACAAUGCCAAGCGGCUGUCCACAAGCCACUUCACAACGGAGACAGAUUAGCAACAAGCAAUAGCACAACUCUACCGGAGAGCAUAGCUUCCAGCAACAGGCAACACCAUCAACGGAGAACGAAUAACGGACAACUACAAGCCGGUUCUACGCGAAUCACUUUCUCAGACACGGUAGCAGUAGCGAGCAGCAUCAACAGCGUUACGUUUCAACCAUGGAUUCUGCCAGCAAGUUGUUUCACGUUUACGACGAACAAAGGCAACGAUGGAGUCAAGGCGGAGAUCGAGGGGAAUCUCAGCCGCGUCGAAAAGAAUCUUGAAUCGAAGAUCGAAGACCUUAGAGCAGAAGUCCAAGACCUUGGAGCAGAAGUCCAAGACCUUGGAGCAGAAGUCCAAGCCUGCCAGUCGAUGAUCCUGCAAACCGCACAUCACACUAUGAAAGCACUUGAUGGAAACAAAAAGCCGAUGAGGGAGUGGCUCCACAAGCUUGAGCGUUGCAAGCAGUCUGGUGGUCUAAAGGCCAGUAAUUCUCUCUAUUUAUAG